AUGGAGAUAGCGGAAAGUGGCAAUGUCAUGCAUCACUGUAAUGAAGUCCUCAACUACAGAGCGAAGAUCAGCGGCAUCGGCGCCAAGAUGGAGGACGAGGACGUGGCGAUCUGCUUGUUGCGCAGCCUCCCCAAGAGCUACGAGAACGUCGUUCUCAACUUGGAGAUGAGCAGCGCGGAACUGCGAUCGCGAGACGUCGUGAGAGUGCUCACGAAUGAGCACAUCAAGAGGCAAGGUGACAAGACGACAUCGGUGAAGACUGAAGACGCGGCAAAGGCGUUCAGUACCGAGCGUGAACCUCGCCAGUGUGCAUACUGCGGAAAAUUGGGGCACACGGCGGAGCGGUGCUGGACCAAGCAGAAGGACGAAAAUCAAGGUGGAGCUCGACGCGGCGGCAACAAUGCUCGUGGACGCGGAGCCAACAACGUUCAGUGGCGAACCAAUAGCAACUACGACGACAACUACGAUCGAGUUGCGUUCGCGGUUUCACUGGAGGCUGGACUUUCGACGGGCAAGAAUAUGCCAGGGAUGUGGGCAGUCGACAGCGGUGCGACGCAUUACAUCUGCAACGACAAGGCCAAGUUUGCAAGCCUGAAUGAGCGAGAGGAAGGCGAACUAUCAGUGGCUGAUGGCAGCAAGGCUGCGAUCAAGGGUGUGGGAACCAUCAUGGAACGGGCGGUUCUGCCCAAUGGUGACGAACGCGACAUCGAGAUCAAGGACGCACUGUUCGUACCAAGUAUGAGCAAGAAUCUGCUUUCGGUGCCACAGAUCAACAAGGGUGGCAGGUUCCAAGUCGUGUUCGAUGGGUCCAAGAUGCAAGUGAAGCGCAAGAAUUCCACACAAGUCGUGGCAACAGCGGAUCUCGUCGAUGGACUUUACUGGCUGCGGACUCCUCAACGAUCGGCAAAUGCAGCAACACGCAAUGGGACUAUCGACUUGCAUGCGCGCAUGGGUCAUGCACCCCUCGAAGUUCUGCACAAGAUGGUGGCCACCGGCAUGAUCAAGGACACCAAGGCACCUCUCAACUCGACUGGUCCAAGUGUGUGUCGCGGUUGCCAGCAAGGAAAGAUGGUCCAAAAACCAUUCCCAACCAGCCGUGACAAACGCCAAUAUGGUGUGUUCGAGUUGCUGCACUUCGACAUCUGCGGGCCAAUGGAACAAGUCUCGAUCGGCGGCAGCAGAUACUUACUUCUUGUGGUUGGCGAAGCCAGCGGUUACAUGAAGGGCUUCUGUCUGCAGUCCAAGUCUGAGAGCGAAGACUGUAUCAAGAACCACAUUAUCAAGAUUCAGACUCAGUUCGGCACGAAGAUCAAGUUUGUUCGGCACGAUGGAGCGCAUGAGUUUGCGACCAACUCGAUCAAGACCUUCUACGAAGAUGGUAUCGAACAACAGAUCACGGUGCCGUAUGCACACCAGACCAACGGCACCGCAGAACGCGCGAUAAGGACCAUCGUCACGAUCGGACGCAGCUUGUUGCAUCAUGCAAAGCUGGAGAAGUGUUUCUGGGCUGAAGCGGCAAUAACGGCGAUCUACAUCAAGAACCGCCUGCCUUCACCCAAGAUCGACCACAAGACUCCGUUCGAGAUCGUGUACAAGUCGAAACCAAGUGUCAAGCACAUGCGCGUGUUUGGAUGUCGGGCGUUUAUCCUGACACCAAGGGAGAAGCGAUUGAAGUGGGACCCAAAGGCUCGUGAAGGGAUGUUCAUGGGCUACGAAGAAGCGUCAAAAGCUUAUCGAGUGUACGACAUUGAGGCGGGCCAAGUGGUGAUCAGUCGUGACAUCACCUUCGACGAAUCGACUUUUGACUUUUCGAUGGACCGACCAAGUGACGAUGAUGAAGAUGCGGAGUUGGACCUCGACCUCCUGGCGAUCAACGAGGAUGACGUGCGCAAACCGUCUACAAGCAGACUGGCAAGCGCAAGAGUGAAGCAAGACCCGGCAUGUCACGUUCAGCUCGCCCUCGAACUGGGUUGGAACAAGCAAGUGCGCCGGAACACGUCUCCAACCGUCACCAGAAACGACGAUCAAGUGCUCCAGAAACAAUGUCUGAUGACGAAGAAGAUGCAAGCGUCUACGAUCAAGAUGACGACUCGACGCCUCCAACAUUAUGGCGUGCAAGUGCAAACGCAGUGGAAGCAACGGACCUAG